AUGAUUCACGAUCCCGGUGCCAGUCCAAACGAGAACCACGAUUCUCCACCGUCGCCAAAGUAUGAUCGAAUAGGCGGCCCGGAAAGGACACCGAUGGACGACACGGAAAUCCCGCUGGACAUGACCGUCCGGCGGAAGGAUUCGUCAGACGGACAAGGAUCGCCACCGGCCGCCAGUGAUCAUUCGUCCCGUGACGCACCGAUCAAUCUGAACGUUCGGCCCAGUGUGAUCACGAAAGCACCGCCACCACCGAUCAAGAAACGGAUCAGCCAUAUGCACCCUAACGGCGAAAUUGUGCUUAAAAGUUCCGUCCGGACGACGACUGCUGGUCCGGGUGUUGGGGAUUCAGCGCCCAUCGUUAACCUGUCGGCCACGUAUUGUGAUGUUUCCAUCGAAGAGCACUUCAGGCGAUCGCUCGGGCCAACGUACAGUUCCAUUUACGGUGAUAAACAACAGCAGCAACCGCAACAGCAGCAACCGCAACAGCAGCAGCAGCAGCAGCCGCAAGGAGCACUGAAAGUGCUCAACACAAACAGCGUUGCCGCUCUACCGCACGAGCUGCACCUCGGUCAAUCCAAGCACCCGCUUCCGGUGCCACUGUUACUGCAGAAGCCGCUGGAAACGAACGAGCAACUAGGCGGUGGCACGAAAACCGGUAUGAGGAAUCACAGUAGCAGCAGUAUUAGCUCCAGCAGCAGCAUUUCCAGUUGCCUCAGCAGCAGUGGCGGCAGCAGCAACAGCAACAGUAGCAGCAGCAGUAGUAGCCCUUCGGCGAUCAGUGGCAUCCGGGCGGUGGCUCUCGAUACGAUCGAGCUGAAGCUCUCUAGCGACCCGGCCCCGCCCGUCCCGCUGGUGCCGGCCACGGUGCUUCCUCCUUCACCGGGUGCCCCCUCGCCAGCCGUGCUAAAUACGGUCGGUGCUGCGAUCUCGCUGGCAUCACCGAAGCACCCACCGACGGCGAACUCGCCAGCCUCGCUAACCACCGUUUCUCUGUCGUCCUCGUCGCCGUCCUCUUCGCUCGCUUCCUCCCCAGCGCCCUUUCUGUCGUUACAGCAGCAGCAGCAGCAACAACAGCCAAAACGAUCCGACUCCGGCGAAGAGGUAGACGAUCAUUUCGCAAAAGCACUGGGUGAUACUUGGAAGAAGAUUCAAGAGAACAAGAUGAAUUUGUAAGAGCGCCGCCGCCGAAAGGUAGUUGCGGCCUGGCGGUGGCCUUGUAGCUAAUAUGCGCCGGGUUACAUACGCUGGGAACGUGUAACAGGCCAAACUACUUUUCUAUUGUUUUUCCAUGAACCAGAAUUGCGAUGAGUCCGAUUUU